AUGCGCGUCUCAGCCCUUCUAUUCUGCCUCGGCAUAGCUGCGUUUGCGAUGACAGCCAGGGUUGCGGCUGUGCCAUCGCGCCUAGCUGCGUGGCGUGUCAGCAAAUCACCUCCUCGCCUCUCAGACGAGCUCGACAAUCAAUACAUUGCAAUGGAAAAGAGGAUGGAUGAGAAUCUUUCAAAGAGUCUUUCAGAUUAUUUGUCUCAUCGUCCUCCCGUCAAAGAACAGAAGUCCCUUGCCCUCAUGCGCCGGGUCCACAGACUCCACGAAAAGAUCGGACGCUUGUCCAUCAGCGCAAGCCCCAGCCAUAAUCCCAGCCCCAGCACGAGCCAGGAGCCGAGCACCAGCACGAGCCAGGAGCCGAGCGCCAGCACGAGCCAAGAUGUCAAGCUGAAGGGCUUAAAAGACAAGCUCGGCUUGCGUGAGGAGCAGUUGCUCGAAAGCCUCCUGGACAAAGACAUCCUCGCACUCAGGAAGUGUCUUAAAGACACCCAAACCGAACGGGAAUUGGGCGACCAGUGCUUCAGUUCCUUGAAAGCAGCGUCCGAUCAUCUCGAGAAGCCCUUUCGCGACAUAGUGGAAAGCGCUCGCAAAGGAGACUUUAGCGGUCCCGCAGUUCAGAGGAUGAUGCUUCUUGUCCAUCAGUACGCGGAGAAGGUGAGAGACGUCUCUGGACAAGAUAUCGCCCCCGUGCCAGCGAGUCCAGCUGCGUGGCGUGUCAGCGACUCCUCUCCUCUUUUCGCAGGCGAGCUCGACGGUCAAGAGGCUGCGUUGGAAAAGAGGAUGGACCACGAUCCACGGGUUAUGCUGCCUCGUUAUCCUUUCAAAGAAUGGAAUGCUCUUCGAGUGAGGGAGCACAUCCACAUACUCCACGGACAGCUCAAUCUCAUGUCCUGCAGCGCCAGCACGAGCCACAAUACAAACACCAGCACUAGCCACGAUUCCAGCGCCAGCCAACAUACUGAGCUGGUAAAGUUAAAGAAAGAUCUCGCCGUCCUUGAGAGGGAGCUGCGAAGCGAGCUCGAGGAAAAAAACCUCAAACCACUCCAGGAAUGCCUUCAAGGCCUAGAAAAGAACAACAACGAGUGGUGCAACAAACGAUACGACGAGAGCGACGAGAGGAAUGGAGACGUCGUCACGAUCGAGAGAUCCCUGAUCGCCGUCGUCACGCUCGAGAGAUCCUUGAUCGCCGUCGUCGCCGUCGAGAGAUCAUUGAUCGCCGUCUUCGCGAUGGAGAGAUCCUUGAUCGCCGUCGUCGCCGUCGAGAGAUCCUUGAUCGCCGUCGUCACGGUCGAGAGAUCCGUGACCUUCGGGAAUACCGCAGAUACUCCCCUUUCUCAUACUUACACUCAAACUCAGACUCAGACUCAGACUGAAAGUCGAACCCAGACUCAGACUCUUGAGCGCAAUGAAUUGUUCGAAGAUGUGCUUUGCUGCGUGCCUCUGGCCGUCACGGAUAUCGUCUGCAAGGGCGGACAGGACAAGCUGGUGUUUGCGCAUGACCCGCGGCGCUCUCGCGGUGCACGGGUGCGCCAUCAACGGCCUGCUCAUCAGAAGUGGCGUACGCCUCCGGGGCAAGAAUGCUCGAGCGCAGCGCCUGGCGGGCCAACAAUGGUCAACUUGUUUGAUACAAAAAUGCCCACGCCUCUCUAA